AAGUAUGCAAUGUAUUUAUCACGGAUGUCCAAUUUCAAAUAUGUCAGAUGACCGUUAAAGUUAAUUUGUGUAUAUAAGUGAAAAAUAGAAAAUGUUACUUUUUUAAAUGGAAGAAGCGGCGAUUGAUCCGCCAAAUUCACGUCUAAAUAGUAAUGACCAAAUUAAUGAAACGGACGACGAAAAUUCUUGCACAAAUUACAAUGAUUCAGAAAAUGAACGUGAGAUUUUAUAUGGGGAAUGUACGCCACAACAAGCAUCAACCAACAGACAGAUCAAUAAUUCUAUCUUUAACACCAUAUCUAAAAUUGUUAAUCCAACAGCAAAGGUACCAGAAAUUCAAGAUUUUAAAAUUGUGAAACCAAUAAGCCGAGGGGCUUUUGGCAAAGUCUUCCUUGGAUAUAAAAAAUCAAAUCCUGAGAAAGUAUAUGCCAUCAAAGUAAUGAAGAAAAAUGAGAUGAUAAACAAGAAUAUGGCUUCACAAGUGAUUAUUGAGAGGAAUGCAUUAGCUUUAACGCAUAGUCCAUAUUGUGUACAAUUGUUUUAUUCAUUGCAAUCUGUUAGUAGCAUUUAUUUAGUAAUGGAAUACAUGGUGGGUGGAGAUCUUAAAAGCUUGGUUGGUGUAUAUGGCUACAUGGAAGAGUCCAUGGCAGCUUUUUAUACUGCAGAAGUAUGCCUUGCUUUGGAAUAUCUUCAUUCUCAUGGAAUUGUACAUAGGGAUUUGAAACCAGACAAUAUGCUUUUGUCAAAAGAAGGACAUGUCAAGCUGACAGAUUUUGGACUUAGUAAAAUAUCUUUGCACAGAGAUCUUGAAAUAUCAGAUUUAGUUAAUUGUACGCCCAGUCUUUGCGCUAGAACUCCUGGACAACUUCUCUCAUUGACAUCGCAUUUAUCUUUUGGUUCUGGACAAAGAUCCACCAGUGAAUCAAAUCUUAGUGAUAAAAGUACACCUGGUGUUAAUUUACUUUCUGCUUUGCAACAAAAUUGUACUAGAAUGCAAUCAUCACCAAAUUCAGCGAUUUCUUCCUUUGCUACAUCAGGAGAUUAUUCCCGAGUAUCUGGUGUUACUCCUUUCCAAUCAGCAGAAGAUCUUCAUUUAACUGAACGUGUUGCCGCUAAGAAUACCGACGAAGACCAAGAAAGUAGCUCUGGAAGUUAUCAUACAUGCGAAGCGUCUUCAGCAAAUGACCAACUUAAUCAAAAUUUGGAAGAGGAGGACGAAUCGACGUUAGAAGCUGAACAGUCUCAACAACAGCUUCCUCAUACUAGUCCGUUAAGUACAUGUAUGAGUACACUUACCAGAGGCGCGAAACGAAAAAGAGGUGCAACAGGAGCUACAACUGGUUUAACGUGUGAAUUAAAUGCAUUGGAUUUGCAAUUUGACAAAACGCCAAAACGAAAGAAUCGUGGUUGCAUAUUUUCUAGAAGUCCAAUCAAUUCUAAUAUCUCCGAAUCGUUAAAACAACCGAAUACUAGUACUGAUAUUACUAGGGUACAAGAAAGUGGAAGAGUUGCAUUCAGUACACCAGUUUCGUUUACAAAACAGAAAUGUUAUAGUGAAGAGCAUGAAGAGAAACGCGAGGAAGGAACCGCACAUUUGGUUAAGACGACGCGAUUUCAACUUCCACCAGCUCUCACGUCAUAUUCGGCUCCCGAGAUAUCUAUAAACGAUAUUUCGGAUAAACAGCGAUCGCCGCAAGAUAUAUCACCUAUAAAAACACCAGCGAGUUCCAGUAAUUGUUAUACACCUUACAGAACUCCAAAAUCGGUAAGAAGAACUGGUAAUAAUCGAUCAGAUGACCGCAUACUUGGAACACCUGAUUAUCUCGCUCCAGAAUUACUUUUGAAACAAGGUCAUGGAUGUGCGGUGGAUUGGUGGGCAUUAGGCGUAUGCCUGUUCGAGUUUUGCACCGGUGUUCCUCCGUUCAAUGAUGAAACACCACAGGCUGUAUUCUCCAAUAUUCUUGCCAGAGACAUUCCUUGGCCAGAGGAAGAAGAAGCUUUGUCAAUGACUGCUGUGGAAGCCAUAGACGCGCUUCUCACUCUGGAUCAAUUCGAGCGACCUUCUGCGCAAGAAGUGCGUGCUAUGAAACUUUUCCAGGAUUUUCCCUGGGACGAACCACUGAAAGCAGUACCGCCUUUUAUACCACAACCUGAUGAUAAUUAUGAUACAUGCUAUUUUCAAGUACGGAAUAUUAUGCAACAUUUAAAUGUGAGCAGCUGUGACACAUAAUAUUCGAAGUAUCGCAACAAUGGGAAGAUCAAUAUGAGGCUCACUUUAUGACAGGAAUAACAUAAUGCAGGAAAUGCGUCACUCUGGUGUAAACACCGGGAUAUUGACCUUUGCCACAUCCAAUACCCCAACUGACGAUACCCACUUGUGUCCAGCGGCCGUCGUUCACCAUUAAAGGACCACCGCUAUCACCCUGUUAAAUGGAAUAUAUGCCAUGAAAAAUUCAAGCUUGAUAAUAUAAAAAAAUAAUUUUAUAGUACAAACCGAACAAGAAUCUUUUGCAGCUCGUCCCGCACACAAAAAACUGUCCACGAUACCACCAGGUGCUGCUGCACCGUAUUUUUGCCUGCAUUCACUGUUAUACCAAAUAGGUAUUGAUACUUUUUGCAAUACUGCUGGUUGUGGCCCACCUUGAAAAUUAAAAUGUAUUAAAAUUUUA